AUGGCUUCUCUAUCAAAAGCUUUAAAGAUCGCUCUUAUCCAAUUCACUGUAACUGCUGACAAGGCUGCAAAUCUUUCAACUGUCAAGGCUAAAAUUGCUCAAGCAGCUGCCAACGGUGCAAAGCUUGUUGUUCUCCCAGAAUGCUUUAACUCUCCUUAUGCAGUCUCUGCCUUCCCCAAAUAUGCUGAAUCCAUUCCUGCAGGUGAAACCACACAAUACCUUUCUUCUAUUGCCAAAGAACAAAAAGUCUUUUUGAUUGGAGGAAGUAUCCCUGAAGUUGUUUCUGAAAAUGGAUCCCCCAAGUACUAUAACACAAACAUCUCAUUCGCUCCUGAUGGCCGUCUGCUGGCCACCCAUAGGAAAGUCCAUCUCUUUGACAUUAACGUUCCUGGGAAAAUCCGUUUCAUGGAGUCUGAUAUCCUUUCUCCUGGUGAUCAUGCAACUUCUUUCUCUCUCGACCCUUAUGGCCGUGUAGGACUCGGCAUUUGCUACGAUGUUCGCUUCCCUGAACUUGCCGCUGUAUCUACCCGUGCAAACCCUGCAACAGGAACCCCACGAGCUUUUGCCAUGAUUUAUCCAGGUGCCUUUAACACUACCACUGGUCCUCUUCACUGGUCUUUGCUUGCACGCGCCAGAGCCGUCGAUAACCAGACAUAUGUUCUCAUGUGUUCACCUUCCCGUGAUCUCUCAUCUUCUUACCACGCUUAUGGCCAUUCGCUUGUUGUUGAUCCUUGGGGUGAGAUUGUGGCUGAGGCUGCAGAGGGUGAUGAAAUUGUUUAUGCGGAACUUGAUCCGGAACGCUUGGAUUCUGUGGCCUCUAGUAUUCCUGUCAGCACUCAACGCCGGUACCCAGUUUACGAUGACGUGCUCAAGUACGCCAAGGUUGGAAAUGGUCUUUAA